GGUGUGGGUCGAAAUUCCUGCAGAAAUCACCAUCCUCUAUCCGUUAUCUCUUACCCACCGCCCGAGCCGCCGGGCGAAUCCCAAGCAUUGCUGUUAAAUCAAUGCAGAUCUGUUAACUAAAAACUUCUGUAAUGGCGAGGAGUAAAUUAACUAUAUUUUUACUUCAGCUGUCGUGGACAUUCCAUCUUGCUACAGCAAUUCAAAGGACAGAUUUGUUUCCUUAUGGGGAAUCCAGCCGCGAUCUGAUUCUGAACGAGGGGGACGACGAGACGUCCAAGAAGCUCACACUGGAGAGACCUGUGUGCUUCUACGAGAAUCAUUUCAGUGAGCUUUACGUGGCGACCAAUGGCAUCAUCUCAGCCCAGGACCUGCCAAUGGAGAAGCAGUAUGUGGACGACGGCUUCCCCACAGACUUCCCCGUCAUCGCUCCCUUCCUGGCCGACAUCGACACGUCCAACGGGAGAGGUGCCAUCUACUACCGGGUCACGGAGACGCCCUCGGUCUUGAACCGCGUGGCGCAGGAAGUGCACCGGGGUUUCCCGGAUGGCGGCUUCACGCCCACCCACGUGGUCAUCGCCACCUGGGAGAACGUGGCAGCCUAUGAGGAAGGGGCGCGAGGAAGCGGGCCGUCCAAUAGGGUGAACACGUUCCAGGCGGUGGUGGCGUAUGACGAGACGAAGGCCUACGCGCUCUUCCUCUACCCCGAGGACGGCCUCCAGUUCUUCGGCACGCGGCCCAAGGAGUCGUACAACGUGGAGAUCGAGCUCCCUGCUCGGGUGGGCUUCAGCCGAGGCGAGGUGCCCUACUUCAUCUUCUCUCGCAUCGAGGGACCCUACUAUAGCGUGACCAGUAACGAGCAGAGCAUCAAGAACCUUUACCAGGUGGGUAAUACGGGGGUCCCCGGCAUGUGGCUCUUCAACAUCGGGAACUGUGGAACGUCCUUCCAGAACGUGGUCCCCGCGUCGGUGAGUGGCGUCCUGGCCACGCCUCUGUCCAGACCCCACGCCAGCACCACCCCCGACUACCCUGAGGAGGAGUACCCCGAGGAGGACGACCACGACUACCUCACCGAAGACGCCCACUUCCAGACCUCCACCCUCCCAGAGCUCCUGGAGCCCGGGCCCUCGCUGGAGCUCCCCAGCCAGGCCCGUCUGCAGCCCUACGGGGGUGACCUUCCGCUGACCUCUGACCCGCAGCACGGCGACACCCACCCUGCAUCUGGACGCGGGGAAUACCCUCCGCCCAAAGCCAGGAUCCAGGCCCCCGAGGAUGCGAGCCAGGCCCAGGCCCCCCACCAGCCCCAGGCCCCUCAGCCCCAGCCCGGACACACGGUCAUGGCUGUGUUCCCAAACAGGGAAGAGAGCCGAGGACUGGAGAUCCUCCCUCCUCUGACCCCCGACGCCCACGUGGUCAGCAUAGAGGACGAGGACGUCGACUUCGACACUGGAGUGAUCCAGUACAGUACAGAGAAUAAAGAGACCUGCGCUCGCUUCCAGCAGCAGUGUUCCCAGAGCGCCUACUGCACCGACUAUUCUACCGGCUUCUGCUGCCAUUGUCGCUUCGGUUUCUACGGCAACGGACGUCACUGCCUGCCCGACGGCGCUCCCCACAGGGUCAACGGAAAGGUCAGUGGCAGGGUGACGGUAGGGUCCACCCCGGUCGACCUUGGCAGCAUCGACAUGCACGCCUACAUAGUGGUGGGAGACGGCCGGGCCUACACCGCCAUCAGCGAGGUGCCAGAGCCAAUCGGAUGGGCACUGAUGCCCGUGGCGCCCAUCGGAGAACUGUUCGGGUGGCUGUUCGCCUUGGAGCUGCCCAACAGCAGAGCAGGCUUCAAGAUCACCGGUGCCGAGUUCACCCGCCACGCGGAGGUGACCUUUCACCCCGGCAACCAGCGCCUCAAUAUCGUCCAGACGGCCAGAGGACUGGACGAGCAGAACUACCUGAAGGUGGACACCCAUCUCCACGGCGACGUACCCUUCAUCCCCCCCGGAGCCGCGGUCCAGAUGGACCCAUUCAAAGAGACGUUCCAGUACUACCCCUCAGUCGUGACCUCCACAUCCGUCCGUGAGUUCACGGUGGUGUCGGCCGAGCGGGGCUCCGAGUCGCUGUCCUUCCAUCUGCGGCAGAACGUCACGUACCGGGACUGUCGCCACGGGCCGCCCUCCGGGCCAGAGACCCAGCAGCUUACCAUGGAGCGCAUCUUCGUCAUGUACGUCAAGGAGGAGCGCAUUCUCCGCUACGCCAUCACCGACAAGAUUGGGCCCGUUGGAGUGGAUCUUCCAGAGCCGGGCCAGGUGAACCCGUGCUACUCGGGAACUCACGACUGCGACACCACGGCGCAGUGCCUGCCAGGAGAGGGCCCGCAGUACCAGUGCCAGUGUGCCACGGGCUACACAGGAGAUGGACGCAACUGUUACGAUGUGGACGAGUGUGUGGAAGGCCUGAGUUCAUGUGGUGCCCAUGGCCAGUGUGUGAACCUGCCAGGCAGUCAUCGCUGCCAGUGUCAGAGUGGUUAUGAAUUCGGUUUCGACGGACGUACCUGUUUGGACGUGGACGAGUGUCGCUCCCAGCCCUGCGACCCUCACGCUUCCUGCACCAACACCCUGGGCUCUUUACAGUGCCGCUGCCAGCACGGUUACCAAGGAAACGGCUUCGAGUGUGUCCCGCAGGAUGGGCAAUCGGAGCGCCCUAAGACCCAGUGUGAGCACCACAGAGACAGCCUCCAAGCAGGGCUGGAGCCCCGAGGGGCCAGACCGGGGCCAGGACCUCCCCUGGGGGCCUUUGUCCCCCAGUGUGAUGAGCAGGGUCAGUACAGAACCCUGCAGUGCCACGGCUCCACUGGACACUGCUGGUGUGUGGACAAUAGGGGGCAGGAGAGAGCAGGCACCAGGACCCCACCUGGAACUCCUCCAACUAACUGUGAUGAACAGGAGAGGCCUGCAACCCACUGUGAGCAGCUCAGAGAUGGUCCCCAGCGCAGUCCUGAGGGCUACCCCAUCGUGGGGGCUUUUGUCCCUGAGUGUGAUGAGCAGGGUCAGUACAGAACCCUGCAGUGCCACGGCUCCACUGGACACUGCUGGUGUGUGGACAAUAGGGGGCAGGAGAGAGCAGGCACCAGGACCCCACCUGGAAGCCCUCAACCCAACUGCAACGAAGAAGAACGCCCCAAGACCCACUGUGAGAGGCUCAGAGAUGGUCCCCAGCGCAGUCCUGAGGGCUACCCCAUCGUGGGGGCUUUUGUCCCUGAGUGUGAUGAGCAGGGUCAGUACAGAACCCUGCAGUGCCACGGCUCCACUGGACACUGCUGGUGUGUGGACAAUAGGGGGCAGGAGAGAGCAGGCACCAGGACCCCACCUGGAAGCCCUCAACCCAACUGCAACGAAGAAGAACGCCCCAAGACCCACUGUGAGCAGCUCAGAGAUGGUCCCCAGCGCAGUCCUGAGGGCUACCCCAUCGUGGGGGCUUUUGUCCCUGAGUGUGAUGAGCAGGGUCAGUACAGAACCCUGCAGUGCCACGGCUCCACUGGACACUGCUGGUGUGUGGACAAUAGGGGGCAGGAGAGAGCAGGCACCAGGACCCCACCUGGAAGCCCUCAACCCAACUGCAACGAAGAAGAACGCCCCAAGACCCACUGUGAGAGGCUCAGAGAUGAUCCCCAGCGCAGUCCUGAGGGCUACCCCAUCGUGGGGGCUUUUGUCCCUGAGUGUGAUGAGCAGGGUCAGUACAGAACCCUGCAGUGCCACGGCUCCACUGGACACUGCUGGUGUGUGGACAAUAGGGGGCAGGAGAGAGCAGGCACCAGGACCCCACCUGGAAGCCCUCAACCCAACUGCAACGAAGCAGAACGCCCCAAGACCCACUGUGAGAGGCUCAGAGAUGAUCCCCAGCGCAGUCCUGAGGGCUACCCCAUCGUGGGGGCUUUUGUCCCUGAGUGUGAUGAGCAGGGUCAGUACAGAACCCUGCAGUGCCACGGCUCCACUGGACACUGCUGGUGUGUGGACAAUAGGGGGCAGGAGAGAGCAGGCACCAGGACCCCACCUGGACGCCCUCAACCCAACUGCAACGAAGCAGAACGCCCCAAGACCCACUGUGAGAGGCUCAGAGAUGGUCCCCAGCGCAGUCCUGAGGGCUACCCAAUCGUGGGGGCUUUUGUCCCUGAGUGUGAUGAGCAGGGUCAGUACAGAACCCUGCAGUGCCACGGCUCCACUGGACACUGCUGGUGUGUGGACAAUAGGGGGCAGGAGAGAGCAGGCACCAGGACCCCACCUGGACGCCCUCAACCCAACUGCAACGAAGAAGAACGCCCCAAGACCCACUGUGAGAGGCUCAGAGAUGGUCCCCAGCGCAGUCCUGAGGGCUACCCCAUCGUGGGGGCUUUUGUCCCUGAGUGUGAUGAGCAGGGUCAGUACAGAACCCUGCAGUGCCACGGCUCCACUGGACACUGCUGGUGUGUGGACAAUCGGGGGCAGGAGAGAGCAGGCACCAGGACCCCACCUGGAAGCCCUCAACCCAACUGCAACGAAGCAGAACGCCCCAAGACCCACUGUGAGAGGCUCAGAGAUGGUCCCCAGCGCAGUCCUGAGGGCUACCCCAUCGUGGGGGCUUUUGUCCCUGAGUGUGAUGAGCAGGGUCAGUACAGAACCCUGCAGUGCCACGGCUCCACUGGACACUGCUGGUGUGUGGACAAUCGGGGCCAGGAGAGAGCAGGCACCAGGACCCCACCUGGAAGCCCUCAACCCAACUGCAACGAAGAAGAACGCCCCAAGACCCACUGUGAGAGGCUCAGAGAUGGUCCCCAGCGCAGUCCUGAGGGCUACCCCAUCGUGGGGGCUUUUGUCCCUGAGUGUGAUGAGCAGGGUCAGUACAGAACCCUGCAGUGCCACGGCUCCACUGGACACUGCUGGUGUGUGGACAAUAGGGGGCAGGAGAGAGCAGGCACCAGGACGCCACCUGGAAGCCCUCAACCCAACUGCAACGAAGCAGAACGCCCCAAGACCCACUGUGAGAGGCUCAGAGAUGAUCCCCAGCGCAGUCCUGAGGGCUACCCCAUCGUGGGGGCUUUUGUCCCUGAGUGUGAUGAGCAGGGUCAGUACAGAACCCUGCAGUGCCACGGCUCCACUGGACACUGCUGGUGUGUGGACAAUAGGGGGCAGGAGAGAGCAGGCACCAGGACCCCACCUGGAAGCCCUCAACCCAACUGCAACGAAGCAGAGGCCCCCACUAGGCGCCCGGAGACUGUAUGUGACCGCUGGCGAGCCAGUCUAGUGGACCACUACGGGGGCAACCCAGAGCCCCAGCAUUACCUACCUCAGUGCGACCCGGACGGCCAGUUCGAGCCGGUGCAGUGUUACGGAGACAGCAGCUACUGCUGGUGCGUGGACCGGGACGGCCGUGAGGUGGCGGGGACGAGGUCGCACGACGUCGUCAAGCCUGCGUGUAUUCCAACGGUGGUUCCUCCCACCAUGCAUCCGUUGCCCCGCCCUGAUGUGACCCUGCCCCCCUCCGCUUCAGGAACCUCCCUGCUGUAUGCCCAGGGUCAGCAGAUCGGAGCGCUGCCUCUCAACGGCACCGUCAUGGACAAGGAGCACUCCUCAACUCUGCUGGCUCUGCAUGGAUCCAUUGUGGUGGGUCUGGACUAUGAUUGUAAAGAGAGGAAGGUGUACUGGACAGACUUGGCUGGUAGGACCAUCAGCAGAGCAUCCCUGGAGCGGGGGGCGGAGCCUGAGAUACUCAUCAACACAGGUUUGACCAGCCCCGAGGGCCUGGCGGUAGACGUGGUCCGCAGAGCCAUGUUCUGGGUGGACAGCACGCCCGACAAGAUCGAACAGGCCAACCUGGAUGGCAGCGGGCGGAGAGUCCUGUUUGACACAGACCUGGUCAACCCCCGGGCCAUCAUAGUGGACUCUUCCACUGGGACACUGUACUGGACUGACUGGAACAGGGAGGCUCCGAAGAUAGAGAGCGCCUCGGUGGACGGACACAGCAGGAAGGUUCUCGUCAGGGAGGGGAUUGGCCUGCCCAAUGCUUUGACCUUUGACACUACCUCACACCAGGUGUGCUGGGCGGACGCAGGGACGAAGCGAUUGGAAUGCAUCUCACCGGACGGAACGGGUCGAAGGGUGAUUCACAGCAACCUCAACUAUCCCUUCAGCAUGGUUUUCUACAGCAACCACUUCUACUACACGGACUGGAGAAGGGAUGGCGUGAUGGCGGUGAGGCGUGAUGGCAGCCAGUUCUCCGAGGAGUACCUACCCGACCAGAGGUCUCACCUGUAUGGCAUUGCCGUGGCAACUUCCCACUGUAUAUCAGGGAGACACUAAUGACAGAGACUGUUCUACGGUGCUAUUUCGGGCUAGUCUUUUAAGUGCUUCUCCUGUGAGAACUCCUUCAGAGAGACGGCGAACAAAAGAAACUCACAAAAAAAACAAGUCAAAUUUACAAACGCCGACGGCGACUCCCUCACCCCCUCUUCCCAAAUAUAGUUUUGUAAAUUUGUUUUAUACCUCAUUUCAUUCUACUGUAUUUUUGUAUGUGUGUUUUUAUAGAAAGCCAAAGAAAAAGAAGCUUUAAAAAACAAGAUCUUUGAGCCACAAAUCCUGGUGUCACUGUCAAUGAGUGUACGAGUGAACACACAGCAAUGCAGUAUUUGAGUAGACUGUGCACUAAUAUGAAAUUUGUAUUUCACACAUGAAAUUGCAUUGACAUUUUACCAAAUACUUAUUACCACAGUUCUUUUGUAUCAUUUUGUAUCUUUUGUAAGAUGUGAUAUUUAUAACAAUAAAAUGUGAUUCCGGAUUUGUACAA